AUGUCCGCAUCGCAAGAGAUUUUAGAUACGAACAAAGCUCAAUCAAGCCGCUGGUCAAAAUACGUGGUUGAUGUGUACGAUCCAAUACAGGUCGGCUCGAUCGAUGGUACGGACGAAGUACCGCAUGAUCGUGCAUUGGUGCGCGCUCUAAAUUCCAAAUACCAACCGAACCGAAAAGUGAAAGGCAAUCCUUUGCACACGGUGUUUGUUGGACGGCUGGCACACACGGUGACUGAGGAAACUUUACGCUCCAAAUUCACUCCUUUCGGCACUAUUGUCCGCGCGCGUCUUGUCACCGAUAUCAUUACUGGACUGCCCAAAGGCUAUGCGUUCAUCGAAUACACCAACCGGGAAGCGGCGCUUGAAGCAAUCGAACGUAUGCACGGUGUAAGUAUCGAUGGCAAAGAGAUUCUCGUCGACGAAGAGUGGGAACGGCGACUAGACGGAUGGAAACCUCGCCGACUUGGUGGUGGAUUCGGUGGUAGAAAAAAAUCUCAGCAACUACGAUUUGGUUGCAAAGUUCAACCCUUUCGGCGACCCAUUCUCGAAGCUGGUACCAGCGGUGUCUCAAACGUGAGUGAGUGGAAUCGUCGCGUACGACAUUGGAAAGAAGGACAUACCAUGCCAAAAAGCGAUAAAAAAUAA